AUGGCUGCCGUCGAUCCGACAUACCCUCUCUACCCUAUUGUUUGCUUCAUGUCUUCAGCGAUGCUACUCCUUGUUUUUUUGACAAGCUUCAUCCGGCAAAGCUGGAACCUUGGUGUCGCGUUUCUGUGUUUCUGGCUUUUUGGGGAGACCCUCGGUCAAGGUGUCAACGCUAUCAUAUGGUCUGAUAACGCCGACAUCAAACUAUAUGUUUAUUGUGAUAUAUUUUCGCGUCUCACCAUGAUCGCGUCGAUUGUCAAGCCUAUGGCGACCUUGAUCAUAUCGCGCCGGUUAUAUCUAAUCGCCCGCCUGCAAUCCGUAGAACCCCCCAACCAAGCUAUGAGACGCAAAGAACUCGCGACAGAGUGGACUCUUGGUUUAGUGAUUCCUCUCGUUGUUGCAGGGCCCCUCUACUACAUAGUUCAGCAGCUUCGAUUUGAGGUCGAUGAGGGCUUUGGAUGUGAGAACUCUGUCGACGGUUCAAUCCUCGAAAUAUUGCUUAUCGAUUCAUGGAAUGUAAUUCCUCCCCUGUUAUCUAUUACCAUCUACUAUCCUCAUGUCGCUCGACUCUUCUAUCGCCAAAGUCGGGACAUCAACCACUUCCUACAGAGUAACGAUUCUGUGUCCCGGACAAACUACUUUCGCAUACUCGCUCUUGCGAGCAUUGAUAGUCUACUCACUUUGCCAAUAGGCAUCGCGACUAUCGUCUUGGAUGUGGAACAGACCUUGUCUGUCGGUCCCAUGCCAUUCUACUUCGGUUGGACCUACGAUCACACGGAUUGGCAACCGGAAGGCUUCUCCUAUGCAGAUACAGUGGCGCAAGGGACUUCUACCGUAGCACAGAUCUACUUCAUCCAGUGGAUAUCACCUAUCCUCGCAUUCGUCAUCUUCGCCCUCUUCGGCGUCACCUCGGAAGCCCGGGCAUCGUACUGGCGCAUCAUCUGCACCAUCGGCGGCUGGUUCGGCUGGAAACCAACUCCCCGCGCGCGCAGGCCGCGUUCUCCGCUGGGGGAGAUCGAGUUCGGCGAGCGGCCGGCUCAGAACUCUAUGUCGCUCGGUCUCGAUUCAAAUCCGAGCUUCAUCAAUCGCAACGCGCAGGUGCAGGAGCGCACGCCGGGCGAGGUGGAGAGUGGCGCGGACAAGGAGAUCGAAGAGGUCCGUCGGAGCGCCGACGGCGCAGUUAGAGAUGCUGAGCAUCAGUCUGGAUAUCAGGAGUCGCACGGUGCCGAAGCGGUAGACGCCUCGAGCGCCGUGUGA